AGCCAAAUUCCGUCAGAUUUCCGCAAACCACCCUGGGGAAAUGGGAAUUCGCGUGCCCGGUCCCUCGUCCCCUCCCCGGCCGCGGCCCCCCAUCCCGCCCGCGGCCGCGAGAAAAGCUCAAGCCCAGCACGGUGAGGAAAGGAAAGGAGCUUAUUGCUUAUAGAUAGAUAGCGAUGCAGCGCGAGGUGCGCACUAGGCCCCUCUCCCUCCCCUCCCCGUCCCCGCAGUAGUAGUAGCAUAGUCGCAUAGCUUGCCCGCCGCCUCCGGGCUUGGGGAAAUGGAGCAGCCGCUCACCCUCACUGGCGCCGGACCAAGUGAAGUGAAGCUGCUUUCUUGAGCUCCAGCUACUACUAGCACCCAGCAGAGGAGGUCGGGAGAGAAGCUGUGAUUUGCUUGCUUCCGUCCGCUACAGUAGUCGAUCGAUCGGUCGAGGAGCCGCGCGCUGGGCAUGGACGCCUACGAGGCCACCAAGGUGGUGUUCUCGCGGAUCCAGGCGCUGGACCCGGACCACGCCGCCAAGAUCAUGGGCUUCCUGCUCAUCCAGGACCACGGCGAGAAGGAGAUGAUACGCCUUGCCUUCGGCCCGGAGGCGCUGCUCCACACCGUCAUGGCCAAGGCGCGCAAGGACCUCGGCCUGCUCCCAGCGUCCGGCCCGGCCACGCCAACCUCCGCCGCGCACUCGCCGUUCCUGCUCUCGCGCCAGAACUCGGGCCGCUGCGGUGGCGCCGCCGGCACCGCGCCCUCGCCGCUCUCGGUGUCGUCGCCCUCGUCGUGGGCGCCGCCGCUCGUGUUCUCCAGGAGCAACAGCGUCAGCAAUGGCGCGGCGGAGGAGCUGGGCGGCGCCGGGGAGGACCUGAUGAGCCCGGCGAACGGGAACGGCCCGCCGUCGCCCUUCUUCCCCUCGCCCGCCGGGGACACGCUCCUCGACGAGCUCCAGCUGCAGGAGCAGCUCGCGUUCCUCAACGGCGCAGGCGCGGGGGCCGGGCACCAGCUGCCCCUGCUGGACGGCACCGAGUGCCGGAGCCCCGGGGACGGCGACGGCGGCGGCUUCUUCCCCUACGGGGGCCGCCUCGGUUGGGGCAGCGGGCAUCGCCGCAGCUCGUCGGUGAGCGAGCUCUGCCUCGGCGGGGCCGACGGGCUCGGCUGGAAGCCGUGCCUGUACUACGCCCGCGGGUACUGCAAGAACGGGAGCGCUUGCCGCUUCGUGCACGGCGGCGGGCUCCCCGACGACGCCACAGCUCUCGCCGGCGCAAAGAUGGACCCCGCCGCCAGCAUGGAGCAGGACAUGCUCCUACUCCGCUCCAAGUCCCAGCGCCUUGGUGCCGCCGCCUUCCCCUACUCCCCAACCGGCUCGCUCCCGGGGUCCCCGUCUGCGGCCAGCAAGUGCCUGAGCUUGCUGUUGCAGCAGCAGCAGAACGAGAAGCAGAGGGCGGCGGCAGCUGCAGCGGCCGCCGCAGCGCUGAUGCUGGGCGGCGGCGACGAGGCGCACAAGUUGAUGAUGGGGCGGGCGCGCAGCGAGCUGGCGAGCAUGAUGAACCCCGGGUCGCGGCAGAUUUACCUCACCUUCCCGGCGGACAGCACGUUCCGCGAAGAGGACGUCUCCAACUACUUCAGCAUCUACGGCCCCGUCCACGACGUGCGCAUCCCGUACCAGCAGAAGCGCAUGUUCGGCUUCGUCACCUUCGUCUACCCGGAGACGGUGAAGCUGAUCCUGGCCAAGGGCAACCCGCACUUCAUCUGCGACGCGCGCGUCCUCGUCAAGCCAUACAAGGAGAAGGGCAAGGUCCCCGACAAGUACAGGAAGCAGCAGCUGCUGCUGCAAGGUGAGAGGGUGGUGGAUUUCUCCAACGGCUUACUAGACGCCAGAGACUCCUUGGAUCUGCACCAUCUCGGUGCGAGGAUGCUGCAGCACUCCAACAGCGCCAACGAGAUGCUGCUGAGGAGGAAGCUGGAGGAGCAGCAGCAGGCAGCCGAGCUGCAGCAGGCCAUGGAGCUCCAGAGCCGGCGCCUCAUGGGCUUGCAGCUGCUAAACCUCAAGACACGCUGGUCGCCGAGCCCCAUCGGCAUGCCCUUCCGUGCUGUCGCCUCCCCAACCGUCGAGUCGCCGCCUGAUUCCGUCGAUCAAGGAGGCAAGGGCAGCAGCUUCCUUCUUCCCCAGAGGCGGCCGGUCAACGGAGGCGAUAAGGAGGAAUCUAGCGGCGAGGCGAGCCCGAACGCAGACAGUGACCAAAGCAGCGCCGAGCACAACCUGCCGGACAGCCCUUUCGCGUCGCCGACCAAGUCCGCCGCAGCAUUUGCUCAUGAUCCUUUCACACCCACGGAGUCGGAGAUCGCCUCUCCCGGGCGCAACGCCGCCUCCUUUGCCGGCAUCAACAAUGGUGGCCUGACUAGCCAUUUCAGGCCCUCUGCCCUGGACAUACCUUCGCCAAAGCCAUACUUCUUCCCGGCCAUGUCCAGGCUGUCCUCCGAUCACGGCGCCGGCGCGAUCGGGAUGUAAAGUUGUCCUCAAUGGGAGGGAGUAUGAUAGAAUACUUACUAGAAGCAAAGAAAGAAGAUAGUGGAGUAUAGGAAAAAGAAUGGAGAAGUUGCAGCAUAGUUUAGUUCAGUUCCCUUUUUUCUUUUUUACUUUCAUGAGUUGAUGAUAUAGACUUUAAGAAACAAACCACAAUGCAAGUAGGAGAAGAUGCCAGCCAUGACCACAAGCUGGGAAGCAGCUAGCAGCAACAGAUUAGUGCUCUCCUAUCCACAUUACCAUCUGCAUUACUACUAAUUACUACCAUUAGUGUACUUACUAUUAGUACCACCACCAGUAUUCAGCAUCCAGUUGAUGUAUUAUUACUACCACAGUAGUCAGUAGGACCUACAAGCAGCAGCUCCAUGAUAUGCUACUGCUACAACAGCCACUAGUUCAUACACUUGAUAGCACUAGGUGUGAUGCUUACCAACCACAAGAAGAUACGUACAUGUAAUGUAGUAAACUCUACUAGGCUGCCUUGUUUGCUUGCCGGUAUGCAAACAGCCAUGCAAGUGCAAGGCAGAGCACAGAUGUGACAGGCUUGGGGGAAGGUUGGUCCAGUGUGUCCGGUGUACUGUGGUUCUGUUUAGUUUUCACCCCAUAAAUCUCGUAAACACAAAAAAAAACCGUCACAUCGAAUGUUUUGAUA